UGAAGAAACAAACCCAGCACACUAUCCACACAAACCGCCCACGGCAGCGGGCCCUCCCACGCAUGCACGCGAUUCAGAAGAUUCUGCUCCAUGUAGUGUGGGUCGAACCCAUCCUUGAUGUUCAUGAGCGCGGUGUAGUAGUCGAAGAGGUGCAGCGAGGGAGACAAGAUAAAGAAGCCUGCGUUGAAGUAACCGUGUUUUUGGAGGCCGUUAUUUUCAAAAGUCGGUGGGAAGGAGUGGACUGGGCCGAUGGUUUCGUGGGUCCCGCCCAGGACGUACGAGUCUGGGAGGAGUAGCUGCUGCGGCGGUUCUUCUCCUCCUUCUUCACCGCCGUCGUUGGGGUGCGGGAAGGGGCCCAUGAUAUCGACGGAGCGAUUCGUGCGUUGGAAUUGUGCCCCAGGGUCGUCGAAGACGCCGUCAAGAGGCUCAAGCAGGAUAAUAUCGCCAUCUAGAAGCAGAAUCCGACUAUACUCCACCAUCUGCCACACGCGCAGUUUCCCCAUGAGGUCGUCCCAUCGCAUCUCGUGGUCCGUCUCACGCAGCCACUCGGCGUAUAAAAAGUCAAUCGGCCAUAGCUUCGCACCGUCCUUUUCGAGGCGGUCACGACGGGACUGCGAGACAGACGGUGUGACGAUGACGAAGAAGUCGAGGUUCGGACGGCGAAUCUUGGUCGUUUCGCUGUGGAGGAGUUGCCAGGUUAGGAGGCGGGUGGCGGAGAAGUACUCGUCCUUUUCCCAGGUGGAGUCUUCUUUGUCGAGGGUGCCGGAGAGGAAGGUUACGAUUGCGAGUUUUUCGCUGGAAGAGUGGGAUGUUGGUGAGUUGUUGUUGUCUUCUAGUAUUCCGUGGCCUUUGAAUGACUUCCAUCCGUCGUGGAGACGGUGAUAGGUUGUUGUCGGAGGACUGAAGAGCGAAAGUGCUAGGAUUAGGAUGAUUACUGUUAUGGCUCCUGCGAUUGUGCUGCGUUUCUGCACUAUCGCGAUCAUCUUGCUUCGCGAUGCCCGCACCACAAUGUAGUCGAAGAUGCCAGCAUGGGGUGAGAGGGAUUGGAAUGCAGCAAUUCGAGAAGAUUGAGAAUUGAAAGGAAGACCACAUGUUGGUUCGGUGUACAUCCCUUGCGUGUUGGAGUGGUUACACAGAUUCCACCUCCAGGAUGGUUCACUUCCCUCGAACUCUACGGCCCUUGAUUCAAG